AUGGCGGAUCCUGACCAAAAAGCUGUCGACGAUGCCGCCUGGCUGGAAGAACAAGGCGUGCCAGAUCUGGCUGAACCGUUUAUCGCGAAGUAUCUGGACGGCCGCGAUGCUUUGAUAGCCCGCGAGAAGGAACAGCGUAGCGACCAUGCCUUCCGCUCAACGCUCUCCCCAAUGGCCGCCGAGGCAUCAGCGAUCGUCUCGGCCAUCCGCUUCGAAGAGCAUCAGACCCUCUGGAACCACGAGUACGAAGACAACCUGGCCACACAGGAUGGCGUUGCGGUCUAUCCCGGCAUGAUGUUCUCUCUCGCCAAGGAGCGCAUGGAGAAGAGUAAGCUCUGGAAGAUCGUGAAGCGGAUGCCGAAGGGAGCUCUACUGCACUGCCAUCUCGGCGCGAUGGGUGACCUUGAAUUCAUCUUCCGUGAAGCAUUGUCGACCGAGGGAUUUUGCAUCUCCGCAGACCGCCCCGUGACUGGCGAUGCAGCGAAGGAGAAAGCGGAGUUUAGGUUCCGCUAUGUACCAGAAGCGUCAAACGAUGCUGUUCCUCCCUGGUCCGAUGCUUAUGAGCCUCGGACGUGGGUACCUGUUAUCCCGGCGGCAUAUGCGUACCCCCAUCAUGGCGUGGAUGGUUUCAUGUCCAUGCUCAAGCAACGAGUGACGAUCGAUCCGGAAUACUCGCUACGCCACCAUCUGGGGGUGAGCGAGAUCUGGGCCAACUUCGCCACAUCUUUCCCAAUCAUGGACUCGAUACUCCGCUAUGAGCCUAUCUUCCGCAAGUUCAUACGGCACAUACUAACACAGCUGCACGAGGAUGGUACAGGACACGAGGAACCCGAGGUGGGCCAAGAGGCCGCUAUCGCGGCUAUGGCAGAGGAAAUUGAGUCCUUCAAGAGCUCAGAGGAGGGUAAAGGUUUCUGGGGUGCACGACUUAUCUGGACUGCUCUCCGUGCCUUCCCCAGUCGAUCUAUCGUUGAAGAUAUGAUGGAGUGCAUCCGCCUCAAACAGCUGUAUCCUGAUUUGAUCUGCGGCUACGAUUUCGUCGGACAGGAAGAGCUAGGCCGCCCGCUGGCUGACUUGGUUCCGGAGAUCUUCUGGUUCAAGAAACGGUGCAUGGAGGAGGGCGUUGACAUUCCCUUUUACAUGCACGCUGGCGAGACUUUAGGAUCCGGAGAUGAAGUGGACGAGAACAUUUUCGAUGCGGUUUUGCUUGGUACGAGGAGGAUCGGUCACGGCUUUUCGCUCUACAAGCAUCCAUUGCUGGUGGAGAUGAUCAAGGACAAGAAGAUCCUCAUUGAGAGCUGUCCGAUCAGCAACGAGGUCUUGCGGCUGACGAGCAGUAUCAUGUCGCAUCCUCUGCCUGCAUUACUCGCCCGCGGAGUGCCCUGCUGUUUGUCGAACGACGACCCAUCACUACUAGGUCAAGGAAGCAGCGGCCUAACUCACGACUUCUGGCAGGCAUUGCAAGGAUGGGAGAACCUAGGUCUGGAAGGGCUGGCAAGUAUGGCGGAGAACAGCGUCAGAUGGGCCUCGUUUGAUGAUUGCACCUCGAAAGAAUGGCAGCAGGAGAUCAAAGAUGGCGCUUAUGGAAAAAGUGUACGAGCAGAGCGAAUGCGGGAAUGGGCGAAGGAGUUCGAAGAUUUCUGCGCAUGGGUGGUGCAAGAAUAUGGUGCUGAGGUGGACAUCAACACGCUGGACUGA